ACGUUCCCGAUGACUCCAGGAUGGCGACGAGGCACGUGAACGAGGUGGUGGACCGGCUCUCCAAACUGUCCGAGGAGGAGAUCGCCUCGCGCCAGUUCAGCGUCCUGGAGCGGCUGCUCGUCAACAGCCACGACUCGGACAAGGGCGUAGCGUUCGCGCUGGACAUGAUGCUGGCCGGCAUAGACACGACUGCGCACCAGACGUCUUCGUUGCUGUACUUCCUGGCCACCCACCCGGAGCAGCAAAGGGCGCUGCAGGCCGAGCUGGACCGCGAGUGGGAGGCGGGGCAGCCUCUGACGGCCAGCGUGCUCGAGAAGCUCAAGUACCUGCGCGCCUGUAUCAAGGAGGCCAUGCGCCUGCAGGCCGUCGUCACCGGCAUCCUGCGCACUGCCAACCAGGACGUUGUCCUCAACGGCUACCUCAUCCCCAAAGGAACCCACACCAUCGUGUGCACCAAGACGAUGUGCAGGGACGAGAGGCUGGUGCCCCGGGCUUCCGAGUACCUCCCCGAGCGCUGGCUGCCCGGCCAGGAGCAGCUCAAGCCCAGACACGCCUUCGUCAACAUCCCGUUCGGCUUCGGCCCCCGCAUGUGCGCGGGCAAGAGGUUCGCCGAUCUGGAGAUGGAGGUGUUGUGCGCCAGGCUGUUCCGCUCCCACAACCUGGAGUGGCACCACCCGGAACCACAGGUGGAGCAGAAACUCUUCGUCCAGUACUCCAGCCCGCUCAAGAUCACCAUGAAGGAGCGGUAGUCUCCAUCCAAAGCUCGUCGGAGAGGGUCGAGCGCGAUCACAUUGUGAUAAUGGAUGCCAACUAGGGUGACCUAGCCCAGCCUCACCCCUUUGCGUCCGGCUGCUGUGCACUGUGGCCUUAAAUGUGCCGAACAGAACAUUAGGUGAGCAGCAACGUGUUCACUGGUGUUCUUUGGUUACUGACAAAGCAAAGUAUUUUUAGUUUUAAGUGGAACGGAGGAGCUUGGGCCUUUGUAAAACGUAAUAAGCACCACUACGUAUUUAAUAUGACUGCCAUAGAUUUUUAAUGGUACUCUUUUAGCCUGAGUGCACCCUGCGAAUCCCCAGUUGUUGCCUAGCCGCCAGCAUUCGGGCACCCUGCCUACUCGGCCCGCGGUUGGGUCCAAGAGGUACAGGCGGCCGCGGCUACCAGCUGAGCGACCGUCUAGAAAUAGAGGCACGGGCCUUCUGUCUGCAAGUCCGCGAAGGCGAGGGAGGGGAGAAGGGCUGGCAGCUUGUUGCGCCCCAAGACAGAACUGAGAAAGAAUUUGGAGGCGAAACGUGAGACUCGCGAGAAGACGCCCUAGGAGGAUCGACCCACCCCCCCCCCUGCUCGGACGCGGGCUGGUUGUUAAAUUUUUCCAUUGGUUUAAAUGAUUGAGGGUAGACAAAAACACUCGAAUAACAACGUCUAAAUUUAUUUAAAAGAACAAAAAUAUGUCACAUAAGAAUGCUAUACAUUGAAAAAUACAAAACAGUCAAAAAAAUAUCCAUUAGAAACCAUUUUUUAGGAUGGUUAAGGGUUGGACGAAAAGGUCAUAAUUCUGGAAAAAUAAACAUAGUCCUGGAAUAUAGGGAGGGGUCAAUUGUUCUAGAGUCUACAAAUAACAGACAACAAAUAAAAGUUCGCAUCUCUAGCAAAUAAAUCACUGGUGAAAAUGCUAAAAGCAGACUUAAUUCCUAUGCGAAACAUUGCACAUAUUUAACGCGGCCGACUAGGUUGUCUACAGUUUACAGGCAGUAAUACUUUAAAUUUGCUACGAGGUCAUCCAGAAUCAGAAUUAUCACUAAUACAAAUUGACGAUCGAAAGUCGUGACUAAAAUUUUAAGCAAACUGGGCUCGUACGGAUUUCAUCAGUAAAGCUAAUGUAGCUUCAUAAAAUCUUACAAAUAUACCAUUCAAACCAAAAU